GAAGCAGCCAACAAACCAUUGCGAUUAUUCCACUGAGAAAGUCAAUUUUUUUCCAAUCAAUCUUGAAGACAGCGCUCUCGAUUUUUUUUUCUUCUUUCACAUUUCGUCACCUAGAUUAUUCAGUUUUGUGCAUAAACGUCGAUCUGGUCGAAUAAAUUAGCGCAAAAAUAAAAAAAAAUUAUCGUGUGUUUAUCGAUUACUUUUUUUCGUCAAUUAGUGUUUGGAAUUUUUUUUCACGCAGCUCAUUGUGGUUGAAUAAAUUCCAAAUUUACCUCGUUCAAUCCGCAUUUUACCCAAGUGUAGAUACAAGUUUUUUUUAAUCUCUCUCUCUGUAUUUUUUAAAGCGUUAGAACGCGAAAUAAAAAAAACAUGGAUGAAGAAUACGAUGCAAUUGUGUUGGGUACAGGCUUGAAAGAAUGUAUUCUGAGUGGUAUGUUGUCAGUUUCGGGUAAAAAAGUGUUGCACAUCGACCGUAAUAAGUAUUAUGGUGGUGAGACAGCAUCGAUUACACCGCUUGAAGAUUUAUUUGCGCGUUUCAAUCAAACCGAACAAUUCAACGAGAAAUUUGGCCGUGGCCGUGAUUGGAAUGUCGAUUUAAUUCCAAAGCUAUUGAUGGCAAAUGGCUUAUUAGUGAAAUUGCUAAUACAUACGGGCGUGACCCGUUAUUUAGAAUUUAAAUCGAUCGAAGGGAGCUAUGUGUACAAAGGUGGAAAAAUCGCCAAAGUUCCUGUCGAUCAAAGAGAGGCUUUGGCCAGCGACUUGAUGGGUAUGUUUGAGAAGCGUCGCUUCCGUAAUUUCUUGAUCUACAUUCAAGAUUUUAAAGAGGAUGAUCCAAAAACGUGGAAAGACUUUGAUCCAAAUACUGCGAACGCUCAAGCGCUCUACGACAAAUUCGGUUUGGAUAAGAAUACUCAAGACUUUACUGGGCACGCAUUGGGUUUAUACCGUGAUGACAACUACUUGAAUGAUAAAGCGCUCAUUACAAUUAAGCGCAUCAAGUUGUAUUCGGAUUCAUUGGCACGAUAUGGAAAAUCGCCAUAUUUGUAUCCGAUGUACGGUUUGGGCGAAUUACCACAAGGUUUUGCACGUUUGUCGGCUAUCUACGGUGGCACCUACAUGUUGGACAAACCGGUCGAUGAAAUUGUGUUCGGCGAUGAUGGCAAGGUAGUUGGCGUUCGUUCCGGCGAAGAGAUUGCUAAGUGCAAACAAGUGUACUGUGAUCCAAGCUACAUUCCAGAGAAAGUUCGUAAAACAGGUCAAGUGAUUCGUUGCAUUUGUCUGUUGGAUCAUCCGGUUACCAAUACAAAGGAUGCAUUGUCAACACAAAUCAUUAUUCCGCAAAAGCAAGUUGGACGUCAAUCCGACAUUUAUGUCAUGGUGACCAGUUAUACGCAUCAAGUUGCCUCCAAGGGAUGGUUCAUCGGAAUGGUGUCGACAACAGUUGAAACUGAUAAUCCAGAAGCUGAAAUUGCACCAGGGCUGGCAUUAUUGGCACCAAUUGCCCAUAAGUUCGUAUCAAUCACGGACUAUGUCGAACCAAUCGACAAAGGUUUGGAAUCGCAGGUCUUCAUUAGUGAAUCGUAUGAUGCUACUACUCAUUUUGAGACCACUUGCUUAGAUGUCGUCGACAUUUUCAAACGUGGUACCGGCGAAGAAUUCGAUUUCUCCAAAAUCAAGCACGAAUUGGGUGACGAAGAACAAUAAAGUGUCACACACAUGUACACCAGACAUACAAUAUUUCAUUACCAGUAAAAAAAAAGAAAGAAUGAAGAUGUUUUUUUUUCUCCAAUCGAUGAAAGCAAAUUAAACUUAAAACAAAAAAAAAACUAAUAAGAUCAUCCAAUUAGAUUGAACAAUAUCUUAAAAUUUAAAACGCGUAUUGCUUGCAACACCACGCAUAUUGAUCGACAUUAAAAAUGAGAAUUUUUUUUUGGCAAAUUCAGACACAUUAUAUACAUAUUAAAAAUUUACACACAUGUUUCCUAAAGAAAACAAUCUUUUUAAAAGAGUAAAAAACCAGUGGAAUAUAUAGUUUCUAUAAGGAAUUAAAUAAUAAUUAAGAACAUCAUCGAUAAAAUGAAUAUAGAAAAAAGCAUAAUUCAAAAAAAUGUAGUUCUAAUGGGCUUGGUUUUCAUUGUAUUUUUUGUUCCUUUUCUCGGUUUCAAUAUUCUAUUUUUGUUUUAUGUAAUCUUUUUGGAAAUUUCUAUUCUCCAUCGAACUUUGUUUCCCUUAUAUAAAGAUUCCUCACUUUAAUAAAAAAGUUUCCAACAAGUUAUAUAUGUUUUGUGAUCGAAAUUCCUAAGAAUUUAGUAUUAACGAAAAAAAAUUCCUUACUAAGAGUGAAUAUUUAAUAUGGCUCAAAUUUAACAAAUUCAUUUCAUUUUUCUUUGUGCACCGCAAACAAUAAUAAUUUAUAUCAAAAUGAUUACUAUUUAAAAAAAAUGAAACCAUACAAAGAAAUUCUGAACAUCGACACCGGACACAAUACUCUUCUUUUGCUUUCGCACUUUUUUGCAAACUUAGAGUAUUGCGUCUGUCUUUGUUUUUUUUCCUUUUUAUCAAGCAAGUGCUAUGAGUUUUUUGUUUGGGAUAAAAUCUUACUUUAAUAAUAUCAGUAAACGAGAAAAGUUUGCGCUUAAAUUGGCAAUAUUUUCUUUUAAUGGAAAUAAAAAAAGAACACAAUAAAUAUGCAGACAUUACCUCCAA